UACGGUGGUUACUAUGACUCUCUUUCUUUUGCAGGUUUUGUGGUAUAGGGACACGAUGUUGCUCGACCCGACAGAACAAAGAAUAAUGGAAUCGCGAGGCUCACGACACACUCUAGUGAUUCGAAAAGUGCACAAAUCAGACUUUGGAAAUUACACUUGCGCAGCAGAUAAUCAACUGGGAAAAACACGGAAAAGCGUUCAAUUAACCGGAAAGCCAAAUCCAGCCAAAUUCAGUAGUGCAUCAAGAGGUAACUCCAAGGACAGCUACAAUAUAAGCUGGGCAGUUGAAUCACUGACUCCCAUUCAGGAAUACAAACUUCUCUUCAGGAGACUGCCUGACAGUAAUACAGAUGACGGUCAUCCGCAACCACUUCAUCAUCAAAGUCAGAAAAAGUUCAUACCUGGAAAGGAGAACAAAACAUACGUGGCAGUCGGCUACAGCGUAGGCUACGGUUACGGUCGGCAAUUCAUAGAUAGACGAACAGAUUGGAGGGAUGUAAUUCUACCCGCUAUUCCUUCUCAAUCUCCUGGACUUCAAUCUAUGAGCUACGUAAUACGAGGAUUAGAAUCCGGGCAAAAUUACGAGGCCAAAGUUCAGGCUAGGAACAAAUUCGGUUGGAGUCCCGUUUCUGAGGCUUUCACGUUUCAGACGACUGAUAGAGAAAUGGGCUAUCCGGACAGGCCUCAGUCUCCAAAACACAUCUACAAUGAGCAAGAAAUUUCACAAGACAUCUUGGGCAUAGCACUGGGCGGCGCCUGUACAUUCUCCGCAUCGUUGGAAAUCCUGCCUAUUCUUCUAACAACCCACAUCAUUUUAAUGAAGCUCUCAUAAAUAUCAAAUGAUCUGAGAUUUGUCUCAAGAAAUAUAUUUUCCAUAUAAAAUAUAAACUAAUAAAUAUGUUCACUGAUAGGACGCACACACCAAAACUAAGUUGCACACUAUAUUCAUAACAUUAUUAUUGAUGUAAGUAAUUGUCUUUGAGAGACAGAUAACUUUCCAGAAAGAAAUAAUCGGACUAUAGUUGAGAUGUUCAAGAGACUGAUGAACUGUGUUUCACGAGAACUAAUAAAUCCUUUGUACGAUACGGUGCCGGUGGUACCAAUUGAGAUGAAAGUUUCCAAAAUGAAUGCUGGUUUUGAAAUUGUUUUGUAGCAGAUUAUACACAAGAGCCAUUACCAAUAUCAGAAAUAUAAAAUGAGUCAUUGAACAAAUAUUCGUGAUUUAUUCAAAUUCUGACGAAUACGAUCCUUUACUAACGAUAUUUGUCUUUAUUGUUCUUCAGUCCCUAUUGAAAAUUGCGAAAUUGAAGUGCCUAUAUAAUGAGGAAAAGAAAAAGUUACUCAAAGACCCUUUUCACAGAACAGUUGGAAACUGAAAAUAUACAAUGUGUUUAUUAAACAUGCGGCAAAGAUUUAAGGCACUAUUCUUUGGACUGAUAUUUUGUCCUUUGAUAAUUUUUGAUGUCUCAAAGAUAAGGGGCAAAAAAGAAUUUCGACAAUAACAGUUUUGG